AUGAAGAAAGUGCCGGCAGCAUCAUCACCUUCCUGGAAGCUUCAAAUCCAACAGAAGCAAGCCCCAUUUGCACUUACAUUGUCCACGCAUGCAGUUGAUUUAAUUGGGAGUUCUGCACCACAACUGAUGCCUUACAAGAAGAAAAGGAAACUUAGGCGGUUGGAUUCACCUACACAUCAAAUGAUGCGAGCGUUUGAGAAUUACUCAGAACACUCAAGAGGACCGGUGAUAAUUCAUCCCUAUACUAUGGUGGCUCCUUAUAAAUCCAUGCACGAGACCAUAUUUCGUCUAGCUCAGGACAAGCUUGCACCUCUGAUUAUCAUCCCAUUCCCUGAUAACCACCACCAUUCUAUUGUUGGCACUGCUCCCUCUAGCCCUAUACGCCUAAUGAUCCUUAAUUUACAAGCAUUUUCUCAGUGUACAAUUGGAAUACUAGUUGACAAGGGCUUUCCUUGUCGGCCAAGUAUCUCUAACUUCUCCUACAUUGUGGCUAUAUUUUUCAUUGGUGGACCAGAUGACCGUGAGGCAUUAGCAUAUGCAUCACGCAUGGCUGACAACCCUGACGUGGGCAUCACGGUGUUCAGGAUUCUCGUGCGGGUCAAUAAAAUAGAAAGUUUUGAGGAAGAGGAGAGAGAGCUUAAGCUAGACGAGUCAUUGUUGGAUGAGUUUAAGCUAAGGAACACCGGGAAUAAUCGGUUGAAUUGGCGUGAUAUUGAGGUGGAUGAUGGUGUUGAGGCUGUGAAGGCUAUUAAGAAUUUGCAGGGUGAGUACGACCUAGUUAUGGUGGGGCGGCGACAUUGGGAUGUGUCGUUGAGGGAUGAAGAAAUGGCAGACUUAUUGCACAAUCCAGAGCUGGGAGUGAUUGGCGACAUGCUCGCUUCUUCAGAUUUCUGUGGUGGAAUGGUGAAUGUGUUGGUGAUCGAUGCAAGAAAGUAG